GCGACAAGCGCAUUGGAAAUUGCGUUUUGCGCACUUAUUUUUACCCCUUCGCAAUGGCAGCACUCUGUAUUGCGUAAACGACUGUCAAAUCUGUGCGUUUAACGUAUUUUUGAUUCGAUAUCAAACUGGCAAACGCAACGGACAAAAAAUGGAACAUUCAAAAAAUAAACAGACAAACCCAACACAGUUCGAAAUUUUAAUAAAUUUUAUGAAUACACAUUCGGAACUUUCCAAAGGACAACUUAAAACUGUGGACGCGAAAAAUGCAGCAAAUAAUUUGUGGAAAGAGUUGGUAUGUGACCUUAAUGCUGCGGGGCCACCAACGCGCGAUGUUUUAAAAUGGAAAAAGGUUUGGUCGGAUUAUAAAACCCAUUUAAAAGCAAAAAUGCGGCGGAACAAAGUAAGCAUUUCUGGAACUGGUGGUGGUCCUCCAAGUCAUUGCUCCUUAACACCGUUGGAGGAGCAGGUUAGUGAACUUCUGGCAAUGGAAAUAUCCGUCAGUGGAAUAAGCGGCACCUCAGAAUUUGGUGCAGCACAAUUAACACAACCAAGUGGGUCAGACAUCACAACCGACGAAUUCCGACAGAAUGAACCAACGCCAGUGGAUGAAAUGCCACAUUGUUCACGACAAAGAGUCGCUCCGCAAAAGAAAGAUAGCCUUUUAAAUAAGCAGGUGGAUAACCAAAUCGCUUAUCACAAAGGUUCAUUAAAAGUGUUAUCCGAAAUUAAUGAAAAUCUAAAGGUAAUUUCAAAAUGUAUGAAAAAAAAAACAUAAAAUGGCUAAAAGAAAAUAUAAAUUGGCCGUUGAAAAAUUCGAACACAAAAAAAGGAUUGAUUUGGACAAAACAAAACUAAAAUUUGCAACACUAGAACUAAAAAAGCAAAUGCUAGAAAUUGAACGGUCCGGCCAAUAAAAAUAUUGUAUUUUAGUUAUUUAUAUUGAAGUCUGUUACUUAUUUUUUAAUACUUACUGAUAAUUACUUAUUUAUUAUAUUAAUAGUUCAAAUGAAUUGUUUUGAUUUAAAAACGUAUUUUGUGUUGAUGUGAUAGUUUUUACUUUUUAUUACAUACAAGUAUAUAAUACUUACAUAUAUAGAUAUGUAUACACAUGUGCAA